ACACCUUACAGAGAAGAGUAGACUUCAACUCUGAGGAGAACUAAAGAAAACACUGGCUGGAGUAUUUGUGGAGAUCAGUGAAGCUGAAGUUCAGUUCAGGAUGAAGAUCCUCCUCAUCUUCACCCUCUACCUGAUCUCAGGUCAAGUGGGCUGCUCUGAUGUGAUUGGCUACCCAGGAGACGUCCAAAACCCAGGGAGUCAAAGAGGCAGGUUAUCUUUACUUCGCUAUGCUGAAGGUUUUCUUGUGAGGUACACAAACCUGAGUUUACAGGAUGCUGGAUUAUAUCAGUGUGGAGAAACUGGAGGGUGGAGUCAUACUGUGAACCUGAAAGUGAAUUCAGAUCCGUGUUGUUUGGGGCCAGAGACUGUGGCUGGUUAUCUGGGAGAGAACGUCACCAUCAGCUGUUCAUAUCCAGAGCAGUUUAAAAGAAAUUACAAGUUCUUAUUUAAACAGGAGGAUAAAGGUUUUACUGAAGUGAUCAGAUCCCCAGAGUCUCCAGAGACUCAGAAAGGCAGAUUCUCCAUUUCUGAUGACAGAAGAUCUGCAGUUCUCACUGUGAGAAUCAGUGAUGUGAGAGAAGAUGAUGGAGGAGUUUAUUUCAUUGGAGCUGGGAUUGGAACUAGAUCAAUCAAUUACAACUCCUUCUUUACAGAGAUUCAGCUCCAGGUUUCUGGUCCAACUACGACUAUGAAACCAUCAACAGCAUCAACAAUGUCUUAUAGAAGCACAUCAAGGACAGCAUCCUACAGCAGCCCAACUACGACUAUGAAACCAUCAACAGCCUCAACAAUGUCUUAUAGAAGCACAUCAAGGACAGCAUCCUACAGCAGCCCAACUACGACUAUGAAACCAUUAACAGCCUCAACAACAACAUCUCCCAGAAGAACAUCAACGACAACGUCUUACAGGAGCCCAACAAGAGCACCACCAACAACAGCAUCUAACAGGAGUCCAACAACGGCACCAACAACAACGUCUAACAGGGGCACAUCAACAGGAAAAUCAGCCGUCGCUGAUGAAGAACAUUUCAGUGUCUUUCUCUUCAUCACUGUGUGUGUUUGUGCGGCUUUGCUGCUGAUUGGAGGAUCAGCGCUGAUCUUCUACAAAUGGAGAUGCAGAAAAAUACAAGGUUCCACUUCUUCACCAAACAUGAAGGAGGACAACAACAAAAUUUCUCACUCUGCCUGUGACUAUGAAGAGAUUAGAGACAUAAGACCCCAUUCAGACACCAGAGCUACACCACUUUACUCAACUCUCCAACUCCCACCAGCCCCCUCUAAUCCCCCAAAUACUGUGUACGUCACGGCACAACUCCCAUCAAAUCCUCCUGUCCAGGAUACCUACAGCAUGGUCCAGCUUCCUAAACUCACCACUGAAGCCCUCACAUAUGCCACCAUGAGUUUCCAGAAGAAUCCAUAUUCUCCAAUUGAUGCCACGGUGACCUUCAAUCAGGAGGAAUCCUCUACUGAACAUGCCCCUGUCAGUCAUCACCCACGUCUGGAACUGACUACUGAAUAUUGAUACAGUACCAAUAGCAAUCCUGCAAGAUACGUUUAUAUUUCAGGGCUUUUGGUGUUACUAAGCUUCACAGUGCAUUUUAAUUUGGCCACUCCCGAAUUCUCUGCUCCCUCUGAUAGGUUUGUUUUUUUAAGCCCUUCACUUGAGUUGCUAACCUUUUAGACUGCAUAAAUUGAGCGACCCCAUGGACAGCUAGCAAAUACUUUUUCAACACUUGGAAUCAACUCCAGACCUCAAUUUGUUAUGAAGUGAUGAGGAUACAGGACACAUCUAGCCAUGAAACUGCUUAUCAGUCAAAUGUUUGGUUACGUUUUUUGUGAAAAUGGAGGAACCAUGGAAAUAAUGGCUGUAAUUGCUGAACAGUUAAUGUAAUGUUUUUGUUACACACCUUGAAUUAAAGCUGGAAGUCUACACUUUAACUACA